AUGACAGAGAGGUCACACCUGGCCCAUCCGCCUCCAUUACCCCCAAUACCCCCCAGUUUACACACUCAUGACUCCUAUAACAUGCCCAAAGGGCUCAACGAGAGCAACAGUUCUUUCCCCCUCAACACGGCACUAUGCAUGCCACCACACUGCCACGGGAUCACAGCCGGGCUACCAACCUUAGCACUGAGUCAAACUAAUAAGUCCUCAAAUCUCCCAGCUACCCCUAAGCGUGGCAAUAAGAUAACACGCUGGCACACCAGACGCGAGCUCACUAAAAUGACCUUCAACCAUGGCGGUCUCCACCAUACACACAAUACACCACCCCACUUGAGGAUACAUAGGAGAAUGACCAAGUACAUCCAAAAUCACACCCAACGGGGAGAAACUUGGUCUAACAUAACCAACAUACGCCCAAUUCUCAGCGGCUAA